CCCAGCGAAACAUCGACAUGGAGUUAACAGAGGCGCUGGUGAAAGUUCAGCUGGGCUGGCAUCAUAUGCAUUUCCUGGUUUCUGUCCUCUGUCUGCUUGCAGUGGUCUUUAAACUGACCAUAUUCCUCAUCCAUAGAAAGGAAGUGCUUCGAAACAUGGAAGCUUUUCCAGGACCACCUGCGCACUGGCUGUUUGGACACGCUCUGGAGCUCACAAAAACUGGGACAAUCUUGGAAAAGGUACUGGAAUGGGGACAGCAAUAUCCUUAUGCUUUCCCAGUGUGGUUUGGACCCUCUGUUUGUGUAAUCCACAUUCACCAUCCAGAUUAUGUCAAAACCAUCCUGACAUCAACAGAGCCAAAAGAUGAUAUGGCGUAUGAUUUUCUUAAGCCUUGGAUUGGAGAUGGGUUAUUAGUGGCAAAUGGUCAGAAGUGGUUUCGCCAUAGAAGACUUUUGACUCCAGGUUUCCAUUAUGAUGUUUUGAAACCAUACCUUAAACUGAUGGCAGAAUCUGCUGAAACUAUGCUGGACAAAUGGGAGAGUUAUGCAAACAGCAAUGAGGUUUUUGAAUUGUCUGAGCACGUCAGUCUUAUGACACUGGACAGCAUAUUGAAGUGUGCCUUCAGCUGCAACAGCAACUGUCAGACAGAAGGUGGAACAAAUGCAUACAUCAAAGCAGUUUAUGAGCUCACUCAUCUGAUAAACAUGCGAGUCAGGACGUUUCCAUACCAUAGUAAUCUCAUCUUCUACCUCAGCCCACAUGGUUACAGAUACAGGAAAGCACUGAAGGUGGCGCACAGUCAUACAGAGGAAAUUAUAAGAAAGAGGAAAGAAGCACUAAAAGAAGAAAAGGAGCUAAACCGCUUACAGGCUAAGAGAAACUUGGACUUUCUGGACAUCCUUCUCCUUCCAAGAGAUGACAAUAAGCAGGGUCUGUCAGAUGAGGAUAUCCGUGCAGAAGUGGAUACCUUCAUGUUUGAGGGUCAUGACACCACAGCCAGCGGCAUCUCUUUCAUCCUCUAUUGCCUUGCCCGCCACCCAGAACACCAGAAGAUUUGCAGGGAUGAGAUUAUUGAAGCACUGGAUGGCAAAGACACAAUGGAGUGGGAGGAUCUCAGUAAAAUUCCAUACACUACAAUGUGCAUAAAAGAAUGCCUUCGCCUCUACCCUCCUGUACCAGCAAUGUCUAGAAAAAUCACCAAACCUGUAACUUUCUUUGAUGGAAGGACUCUUCCAGCAGGUUCUCGCAUUACAACAAGUGUGUUUGUGAUGCACAGAAAUGCAGCUGUCUGGGAAAACCCUAAUGUCUUUGACCCGUUGCGAUUCCUACCAGAGAAUGUUUCCAAAAGGUCCCCUCAUACAUUUGUCCCCUUCUCAGCUGGUCCAAGAAAUUGCAUUGGUCAGAACUUUGCUAUGAAUGAGAUGAAAGUGGUGACGGCCCUGACACUGAAGCGGUACCAGCUGAUAGAGGAGCCCAAUUGGAAACCCAAGUUGAUUUCUACAGUUGUUCUUCGCUUUCUCAAUGGCAUUCACAUCAGGAUCAAACCUGUAAACACCCAGGGGGGAAUGGAAAUAACUGCAGGGAAAAUAUUGUUUAGUUUGGGAUAACCAGGGGAGCCAGGGCAGUCUGACAUGUAAUGAUGUGACAGCAGCAACACAAAAACCAAUUCUCUUUGUUGUGGUGUAUCGCCCACCUGCUCCUUACUCAGAAUUUUUAGCUGAAUUCUCUGAGUUUCUAUGUGAUUUAGUGCUUAGAACAGAUAAAGUCAUUAUAGUAGGUGACUGUAACAUCCAUGUUGAUGUUGGCAGUGACAGUCUUAUCUCUUCAUUUAUGUCGUUAUCAGACUCAAUUGGCUUUUCUCAGAAUGUAAAUGGUUCAACUCACUGUUUCAAUCACACUUUAGAUCUUGUACUAACUUAUGGCAUAGAAACUGAAGGUCUAACCAUAUAUU